AUGGCGGCUCCUACGCAGCUUGCUUACCGAACUCUCAAGGGGAUUGGCAUCAUGGAUGCCGCCCCAACUUAUGAGCCUUUGUCCGGAUUUGCGAGACCUGAGGGCAACCUCCGCUGCAGCACUUACUCGCCGUGCGGCCGUUACUACGCAUACGCAUCCCCCGAAAAGGUCACCAUUACCGAAGCCUCCUCGGGUCAUAUCGUCUCGACUAUCCCGGCCGAAAACGUGUUUGAGCUGGGCUUCUCCCCGCUCGGCACCUAUGUGAUCACUUGGCAACGCCCCACCAAGGACGAGAAUGGAGAUGCGACGAAGAACCUGAAGGUGUGGCGCGCUGUUGAGAGUGGAGACGAGCACACCGUUGUGGGCAGCUAUGUCCAGAAGUCGCAGACAGGCUGGAACCUGCAGUACACCCCCGACGAGAAGCUGUGUGCCCGCGUCGUGACCAACCAGGUCCAGUUUUACCAGAGCGACAACUUGUCGACCGUUUGGAAUAAGCUGCAUGUGGAGGGGGUGGCUGACUUUGCUCUCUCUCCUGGAAAGACUCAGUCCAUUGCUGUGUUUAUUCCGGAGCGUAAGGGCCAGCCCGCCGCUGUUAAGGUCUUUAUUGUGCCGCAGUUCGGUUCUCCUGUCUCGCAGAAGAGCUUCUUCAAGGGCGACAAGGUUCAGCUGAAGUGGAACUCUUCCGGCACUACCUUGAUCGUGCUUGCACAGACUGAGGUUGACCGUACCGGAAAGAGCUACUACGGCGAGACCACUUUGUAUCUGCUCAGCGCCAGCGGUGCUUUCGAUUCUCGGGUUGAUCUUGACAAAGAAGGACCCAUCCACGAUGUGAGUUGGAACCCCAACUCCAAGGAGUUCGGUGUCGUCUACGGCUACAUGCCGGCCAAGACCACCAUUUUCAACGUGCGUGGUGUGCCCAAGCACAACUUCCCUCUGAGCCCGCGGAACACCAUCCAGUUCUCGCCUCACGGACGUUUCGUCCUGGUCGCCGGUUUCGGUAACCUGGCUGGCCAGAUGGAUCUCUACGACAUGGAGAGGAACUUCCACAAGAUUGCUACCGUCGAGGCGUCCAACGCCAGUGUGUGCUCCUGGUCGCCCGACGGUCAAUACAUCCUGACUGCCACCACCAGCCCGCGUCUGCGUGUUGACAACGGUGUGCGCAUCUGGCACGUCAGCGGUGGCCUCAUGUAUAACGAGGAGAUGACCGAGCUGUACGAUGUCACCUGGCGCCCCCAGACCAUCGAGCAGCACCCUCUUGGUGAUCCCUUCACCAAGCUGCCCGUGCCUCACCCCUCCGCCACCGCGUACCUGAGCACCCGCAAGGCACCCGUCAAGCCCGCAGGCGCCUACCGUCCCCCCGGUGCCCGCGGCCAGCUUACCCCCCUCGCCUUCAAGCGUGAAGACCAGGGUGGUGCCGCCUUCGUCCGCGACGGUGUCCCCGGUGCCAGCAUGAACGGCUUCGGCAAGCCCCGCCGCCGUGAAAUUCCCGGUGCCGAGCCCGCCGAGGAGUACCUGCCCCCGGGUGCCGCACCUGGCGGCGGCGUCCCCCUCCCUCCCGGCGCCGAGAACGAGAAGCUGUCCAAGUCCGCCGCCAAGAACAAGAAGAAGCGCGAGGCGGCCAAGAAGGCCCGUGACGACGGCGACAACACCCCGCCCCCCAACGCCCCUACCGGCCCCAGCCCCGAUCGCAACCGCUCGCGUGGCAAGAACACCCCUCCCGUUAAUGGUAACGGAAAUGCUCCCGCCAAGCGCGCCCCCUCGCCUCCCCCUGCCCCUGCCCCUGCCCCUGCCGGUCCUAUCGAGCCCUCGGCCCAGGACAAGAAGAUUCGCGGCCUGCUCAAGAAGAUCCGUGCUAUUGACGAGCUGAAGAUGCGUCUGGCUGGUGGUGAGAAGCUGGAGGAUACGCAGAUGAAGAAGAUUCAGACGGAGGAUUCCGUCCGUAAGGAGCUGGAUGCUUCGGGCUACACUGGUUGA